AUGAAAGGUUCUUGGGAUUCUCUCAUGCCAAAGAUCUUGCAAGAUGCAACCAGCUUAACAGGAUACAUUAAAGAGUUAGUUACUGGCUUUGACUUUGAUUUUCUUAAAAUGGUGAGUCAGGGGUAUGACGGUGCCAAUGUAAUGAGUGGACAUUGCUCAGGUGUUCAAACUCAGGUACGACAGUUUGCUCCAUAUGCUACAUACAUUCACUGUCAUGCCCAUGCUUUAAAUCUAGUCUUGGUCAAAUCUGUCAAAUCUGUACCAAUAGCAGCUGAGUUUUUUGCUUUAUUAGAGGCCUUGUAUGUUUUCUUCUCUCCUACAAAAGCCCAUGAUGUUUUUAUGGAAAAACAAUCACAAUUACACCCUGAAAAACAACCAAUGGAACUGCAGAAACUGAGUGACACUCGGUGGGUAUGCCGCUUUGCAGCAGUCAAUGCCAUAUGUUGCACAUAUGACUCCGUUCUUCUCUCUUUGGAAGAAAUAUCAGUGUCACAUGAUGCUGCUAAGGCCAUUGAGGCUAGGGGGUUGUAUCACCAGGUGAGAUCAUUUACUUUCCUUGUAUCACUCGUUACAUUUGAUCGCAUUCUCACUUGUACUAAGCAACUAUCAGAUCAACUUCAGAGCUCUUCUCUUAAUCUUUCUUCAGCAUCUCAUCUAGUUGUUGCUACUAAGUCACUUUUAUCAGAGUAUCGUAGUGAUGACUAUUGGAAGAAAGUUUAUGAUUAUGCAUCAACAAUUGCUAACUCACACGAUAUUCCUAUUCAAUCAG